CCCUUCCCCCCCUCCCCACGUCUUCGCCGCCGCCGCCGCCGGGUCCGGGGCAACGAGCAGAGGCGCCGCCCGUCGGGAAUGUGAGCGAGGAGCCACCGGCGGAGCCGCAACGGGGUCGGUGCCGAUUUGAUGGGACGGGCCCGCGGGGGAGGAUCGUGAGGCUGCCGCCACCGUCGCCGCCGCCGGAGCGCUGAGGUUCAGGUGCGGCCGUGAGGCCUAGAGGCGCCGCCGCCGCGGAACCGGAGGGACGCCGCGCCGGACAGCCGUCGCCCCGGGCUCCCUGCCGCUGUCCGGACCUCCCCCCCGCACGUCCCGGUCCUGCCACCCGCCCCCGCUGCGGCCCUCACGCCGGUCUCCCGCCCCUCGAAACCACAGAUCAUCUUCGGAUUCUUCCCCAGGAGCUUCAAGUAGGGAUAUGUCCUCAGCACCAACUACUCCUCCAUCAGUGGAUAAAGUAGACGGAUUUUCUCGGAAGUCCGUCAGAAAAGCCAGACAGAAGAGGUCGCAAAGUUCCUCACAGUUUAGGUCUCAAGGCAAGCCUAUUGAGUUAACACCUCUGCCGCUGCUAAAAGACGUUCCAUCCUCAGAGCAGCCUGAACUGUUCCUAAAGAAACUUCAGCAGUGCUGUGUCAUUUUUGACUUCAUGGACACGCUAUCUGAUCUUAAAAUGAAAGAAUACAAGCGCUCCACUCUUAAUGAACUGGUGGACUACAUUACAAUAAGCAGAGGCUGUUUGACAGAGCAGACUUACCCUGAAGUAGUUAGAAUGGUAUCUUGCAAUAUAUUCAGAACUCUCCCUCCUAGUGACAGCAAUGAAUUUGAUCCAGAAGAAGAUGAACCUACCCUUGAGGCAUCCUGGCCACACUUACAGCUUGUAUAUGAAUUUUUCAUACGAUUUUUGGAAAGCCAAGAAUUCCAACCCAGCAUUGCCAAAAAAUACAUAGAUCAGAAAUUUGUAUUACAGCUUUUGGAGCUAUUUGACAGCGAAGACCCUCGGGAACGGGACUACUUAAAAACAGUCUUACACAGAAUUUAUGGCAAAUUUCUUGGUCUUAGAGCAUUUAUCAGAAAACAGAUUAACAAUAUUUUUCUAAGGUUUGUUUAUGAAACAGAACACUUCAAUGGUGUAGCUGAACUGCUGGAAAUACUAGGAAGUAUUAUCAAUGGCUUUGCUUUACCUCUUAAGGCAGAACACAAACAGUUUCUGGUGAAAGUGUUGAUCCCUUUACACACUGUCAGGAGCUUAUCACUCUUCCAUGCCCAGCUGGCGUAUUGCAUAGUACAGUUUCUGGAGAAAGAUCCUUCACUCACAGAACCAGUUAUUAGGGGGUUAAUGAAAUUUUGGCCUAAAACAUGUAGUCAGAAAGAGGUCAUGUUCCUUGGGGAGCUGGAAGAAAUAUUGGAUGUGAUUGAACCCUCACAAUUUGUUAAAAUUCAAGAACCUUUGUUUAAACAAAUUGCCAAGUGUGUAUCUAGCCCCCAUUUUCAGGUGGCAGAAAGGGCACUGUAUUAUUGGAAUAAUGAAUACAUCAUGAGUUUGAUAGAAGAAAACUCUAACGUCAUCCUUCCCAUCAUGUUUUCCAGUCUUUAUAGGAUUUCAAAAGAACAUUGGAAUCCGGCUAUCGUGGCGCUGGUGUACAACGUGUUGAAGGCGUUUAUGGAAAUGAACAGCACCAUGUUUGAUGAGCUGACAGCCACAUACAAGUCAGAUCGUCAGCGUGAGAAAAAGAAAGAAAAAGAGCGUGAAGAACUGUGGAAAAAACUGGAGGAUCUGGAAUUAAAGAGGGGGCUUAGACGUGACGGCAUAAUUCCAACUUAACAGAAAUAAUUACAGCAGCGUCACUAACCUGUGGGGUCACACAUUUAUGUAGUAGAAGAUGGAGCAGCAGUUUUCUGUAUUGUGCAACUUUGCAGUAGAUUUCACAUCUGUUUCAUUAUUACAACAGCACUGUAUAUACCUGUCUCUAAGUAAAGGAAAAAAAAAAUAAGGACUUCAAUCCAAAGUUUGGACAGUAGAUGGACUUCUCAGAACUUUGCAAACAUAAUCAUUGUUCUAACCCUCUUUAAAAAGCAAAAAGCAGUCUUCAAAGAUCUGUUGAUGAAAUUGCCGUGUUAAAAUUCUGUUAUCAGGAGUUCCUUAUUUAUCCUUAGCAGAGAGUAUGAAACAAUUUUCAAAUGUGAACAAUCUUAAAUUUAGCUUGUCUUUCUGCUAAGCUGUUAAAUGUAUUUAUAGUAACGGAAGAAAAAAAAAAGACUGUCAUUUCCUUAUAAGUUUGUAUAACAUCCUCCUCUGGAUAACUUGACUGUAACUUAACAUCUUUUCCUUUUGCACAUCUUCAUGAGUUGAAUGUCCAUGUGGAAUGGGGCCAGGAAUUGUACAGGCCCCUGAUAAAAGUUUUGCUGACUGGAGUGAACAUCUUUCCAGUAACCAGGUAGCCCUGGUACUCCUUUAGUUUUAAAAUUAGGAGUAAAAGAGAAGCGGUGAUAAACAUAGUAGGGAAGGGAAUUUUGGAUUCCUCCAUCAGUUUAUGGCGAAUCCAAAUCAAUGUCUUGAAUCCUUUGAAAACAGGCACUGGGACAUCAGAGGCUUCAGUAGCUGACCAGUAUUAGUUGCAUACAUCAUUGAACACACAUACCAGAGAUGUUCGAGAAAUGUCAGAAAACAUCCUUUUGGACCAUUUUGUAAUAAGAAAGACAAACACUAAACAGUACAACCAUGAAAUUGAUCGCCAGGAUUGCGAAUCUAAUUGGGAAGAGAGUUGAGCAAACAGCUUGGACUGUUUGGAGUUGUUGCCUUACUUUUUAAUAUGUAUUUAUAAAGUAUUCCAGCAAAAGAGGAUGUAGCCUCUGGGAAAAAACAAACAUAUUACAGUGUUUUUUGUAGAUUCUCGUUCUAUAUCUCAUCACAGCGCCAGCCCUGUUUUUAGCCAGAAAGGAUUCAGGAUAAACAUUACUAUGCAUUCUGAAUUGGAUGCAUAUUCCUAACUACUGUAUUUGUUACCAAAAGUGGUUCUACAAAUGCUACUGAAAAGAAUCUGGAAAUCCCUAAUGUCCUGAGUAUUAAUAAUAAAGUUUAAAAAUGCUUUUAUAUCAAAGGUGCAUUGUGACCAAAUUGUUUAAGAAAAAAAUGAAAAACAAAACAAAAUUUAGGGCUGUAUUAUAGGUAUAUCUUAUUGGCUCUCUGCUUUGUAUUUAAAAGAGGAAUCUUACAUCUUCGGGAGAUAAAAUGCCGAUGAAAUUUGUGUCCAGUAUGUACUUACUUGAUGCGGUUACAUUAUUAUGUACUGCAAGAUAGGUGUUUUGGAACUUAUUUUCAGGAUGCUUUUGCUUGUUAUGGACGUGGCAGCAGUGAGUUGAUAAUCCUAAACCAUCCCCUCCAGCAAUAUUCGUGGCAUAGAGCUGAUUCUGUGUUCAUGUACUGAAUUGUGAUAGUAGCAAACAUGAACAUAUGAACUGUCGUUGCUUUUAAUAGAAAUAUAGUAUCAAUAUGGACUUGUAUAUUCUCUUCCUUCCACUUAAAUAUAAAGUAGAAUAUGCAGUUUUAUUGUUUCCAAGAAAAAGGAAAAAAAAAAGCCGCUGACCUUUCUCCCCUACUAAGUGUUUCAGGAUUAUCAGGUCACAGUUGGAUAUUGUCAUCUCAGUAACUUUGUAAAACAGAAACAAAGCUUGGCUAUGUUAAUUCUGAAAAAGAAACAGCAGUAAAAGAGUCAUAUGCAACACCCAACACAACAUGGUUUAAUGGAACGAAGAGAUUUUUUUUUUUCAAGAACAUUAAUGGGGAUUCAAUGUAAAGCCAGCGGAGGCUGCCAAAAUGAAACCACUUACUUUAAAAGUGCUGGAGCAAAGGUGCAAGUUCAAACACUAAAGACAAAAAAUAAAUUUGUAACAAAUCAUCUCCUUUAGCCCUUUUGCUUUGAGCCUGUUAGCUUUGACUCUGCACUACAUUUGUUUUGGACAGUAUUAAACUUACGUUUGCCAUCAAUUCAUCUUUUUAGAUAGAAGACAUUAAAAUCGCAGGUUUAUGAACGAUCUCUGCCCAUUAAAAUGAAAUGCAGUCAUUUGAAAUGAGAAAGACGAGGACCCCGUUUUGCGCCUUUCCCUGCGCUCUGAGUUACGGUGAGGACUGCACAGAUACCCUUGAUGUUAAUUCUGUACGUUGAUCAUUCCAAACUGAGAAGAACAAAGCCAAACUUCAGACAUAUUUACAGAAGCAAUUGCAAAUAUAUGUCUAAAAUGUAUAGGGCAACUUCUGAGAAGAAACACUGUCUUUCCUUUUUUAACCGAAAGUGACAAUGUGACAUCUGUCAUGUUGUGUCCGGUGACGCAGAGUAACUGAGGUAAUCUGACUGUUGCACUAUGUGACAUAGUUAAGGCUGUACUUGCUGCAUUUACAGCAGCCCUCUCUCUCUCUCUCUCUCUCUGUCCUCUCCCCCAUUUCUGCUGUUGCCGCAACUUGAGUUCAUUGUGACAAAUGCAUCUUCGUGUUAUAUUUUGUUCGCUUCCUAAUUUCCAGAACUAUAUAUAAAUAUAUUUUUUAAAUAGCAAAUAUUGUAGUUAGUGAGUGAUGAUCACUCCAACCUCAUCCCUACCAUAUUGGUUUCAGGGGUAGGAUAAAGAGUGUCUUUGGAAGAACAAAACCAAACCAAACCAAACCCUGUGGUUUAGAAUGAUGCUGGGGCCUGGGUUGUGGGCCCAGAACAACCAUGUGAGUGAAUUGACCCAUCUCAUACUUUGAAUCAAGCAUGCAUUCCUUUUCUCAUUGUGCAAGUGUCCCCAGUUGUUUCCCAUCAGUGUCUCGUUUUUGUUCUUUAAAUUUUAUUAUAUUUUGCUCUCCCUGACAUCUGUUUUUUAUAAAAUAAAAUAAAAAAUAAAAAAAGUAAGAAAUAAAUAAUACCCUCGAUGCCGCUGGAUACUCACAAGCAGGGUUAUUGCUCCUUCAUCUUGGGCUUGCUUGCCUAAAUGGAAGGGUUUAAUUUAUUUUGUACCUCCUUCUAUGCGUGGGGCAGUCCAGGGUGCAGAGCCAGGAAUUGCUUGUAAUUGCACCUGCUAUACUUAAAUGUAUAGCCCUAGGCUCAAUCACACUAUGGAAAGAAAAAAAAAAGUAUAUUUAGAGCUUUAAAAGCUUUUUUA